AUGGAACACGUUGACAUCUCCGCUGGUGAUAAAACACAGCGCUUUAACACAGCUAUGCUAUCUGCUGUGACGGACACAUCUUCGCAGCCCUCUCCGGCCGUGUCAGGCGCGAGAGGUGCAAUACUCAGGAAGGAAAGCAGCAAUUGUCUCGUCUACUUUAGCAAUAAGCUAGUACACAUGGAUUACCAAAAGGCUAAGGAUGAACGCCACCAUGACAACGUCAAGGAAAACACUACAAAACUCCACUGUAAAGAUGACGAGGCUGAUCUAAUAGCUUUGAAGACGAAGGAGGAGGACGUCAACGCGUUUUACUCAGAGAUCGAUUCCGUUUGUACCAGCCAGCGAUAUCAUCCCAAUCGGCGCAGCACAGCAAUCAAGCUUAAAGGAGACGAAAGGGUGUACAUAAUGGCUCAGACCAAGGCGCAGAGUGUGUUGACGGGAGCUGUUUUUGACGAACACAACAACAAGCCCCACGCAUCGGAUCCGUCUCAGAGCAAUGCAACACAUACUAGCCCAUCAACCAUUCGCUCUAUCGAGACUCCGUCUCCGUCACCAAGGUCAGGAGAAGAUACCAAGAUGGGAAAUUCUCAAAAAUGCAGUGGUAAGUAUCUGGUAGUAGGGAAGGAUCUUAAAUUCCCAAACCAGGAAGGGGCCAAGGGCACUCCAUGCAUGGUCCGCGACGCGAAUAACAUACACACGAUCAUGUUAUGGUCUGAAAUUCAAGACGCGCAAGACAAAGGGACUGCUGUUUUUCAGGACACGGACUAUAGCAACAACGGACUGCACCCUGCGGCGGACCGCGCAUUCCUGAGCGACAUCAAACAUAAGGGGGAAAGUUCGAAAAUAACGAUGAAAGAUGCUAUUCUGUGGAAGUAUCAGUCAAAGAAGAACAAGACGGUUUGGUAUAAAACGGUGUUCUCCGUGCACCAAGAUCCAGCAGAGAUGGAGAAGCUGUACAGAACCAGGAACAAAGCUGGCGACGACAGCGGAGGCUUCAUCCGAAGCAGUGCGAGUGCUUUCGUUAAGGCUGGCCAAUCAAAGGCAGCUCUUGAUAAGCACUUAAAGAACAAGUACCCCAUACUGUGGGAAGAAUACACCAGCAGUUUGAGCAAAGGGUCUGCUAGGGAUAGGUCGGCAACGCCCGAAGCAGAAAGCUUGCUCUCAAGUUCCGAGUUUAAUGGACUGAAAAUCAAGGUUGAAGAAUUGAAAAUCACAGUCGAUGGAUUGAAGGAAUGGAUUCAACGUCUUAUCGACGAUAAGAAGUAA